UGUGAAAGGUGCAGAAGUAGGCAACGUGGACCGAAGAGAGAAACAUGGAGAGAAACCAAUGAGUCGACGACGACCGUUGAAUUCAAACCCAAACCCAAACCCAAACCAAUACCCAAACCCCCUCCUUCUGUCCGAUCUAAUUUCCCAAAACAAAACAAAUCAAUUGAAACGACGAUGAUGGCUAUGCUCAUGCGCUCGCCUCCCCACCUUCCCAUUCCAUUCUCUUCAAGUUCCAGAAAUGCUGCACAACUGCUGGGGAAUAUCAUGACAGAUAUUAUUCAGUCAAGUAGCACAAAUUUGCGAUUACCAAGCAGUAGAGCAAGAGUCAUUUCUUUUGACUGCUCCGUCAAGUCUGUCCAAACUUCAUGCCGAAUGUCUGUCCCUGGAACCUCCUCAAGGAGAGAAGAUAAAGUGCCUUCGAGCUUCGUGAGGGACAAGAAGUUGGUUCCUGAUUCGGAUCCUCCUAGCAUGCAAGAUGUCAACAUUCUAUAUCAGUUUUUUGACCAAAGUACAAAGCUCAUGGUGUUGACAGGAGCUGGAAUCAGCACAGAAUGUGGAAUUCCCGACUACAGAAGCCCCAAUGGAGCUUAUAGUUCUGGAUUCAAACCAAUUACCCAUCAGGAGUUUCUUCGUUCUAAUCGGACCCGAAGGCGAUAUUGGGCAAGGAGUUAUGCUGGAUGGAGACGAUUUACUGCUGCAGAGCCUGGUUCAGCUCAUAUUUCUUUAGCAUCUCUAGAAAAAGCUGGCCGGAUAAAUUUUAUGAUUACACAAAAUGUUGAUAGGUUGCAUCACCGUGCUGGUAGUAACCCGGUCGAAUUACAUGGAACAGUAUAUUCUGUCAUUUGUAUAGACUGUGGUUUUUCCUUCCCCCGGAAUCUAUUUCAAGACCAAGUUAAGGCGCUUAAUCCAAAGUGGGCAGAGGCAAUUGAAAGUUUGGAUUAUGGUAACCCCGGAUCAGAAAAGAGCUUUGGCAUGAAGCAAAGACCUGAUGGUGAUAUUGAAAUUGAUGAAAAAUUUUGGGAAGAGGAAUUUCACAUCCCUACGUGUCCAAAGUGCAAUGGAGUGCUUAAGCCUGAUGUUAUCUUCUUUGGUGAUAAUGUCCCCAAGGACAGAGCUGAGAAGACAAUCCAAGCUGCAAAAGAAUGUGAUGCUUUUCUCGUUCUAGGAUCAUCACUAAUGACCAUGUCUGCUUACCGGCUUGUCAGAGCUGCACAUGAGGCAGGUGCUGCUACUGCAAUUGUCAAUGUAGGAGUGACUCGUGCAGACGAUAUUGUACCUUUGAAAAUCAAUGCUCGACUGGGAGAGAUUCUACCCAGAGUGCUUGACAUGGGAUCCCUCGGUGUCCCUGCCAUUGGUUGAUUUGACCUGUAAAGAGGUGUUCUAAUAUGUAGAAGCUUGCUUUGGGUUUAUGAGUAGAUAUAGAAGACCACAAGAAAUUGAGAGGUGCUGCCAAAUUCUUUUAGUUUCUCAGUCUCUGAAGUGAAAACAUGGAAAGUUGUAGCUAGUCAAUGUGAAGACAAUGGAUUUUCUGCGCGGGACGAGAAAGAUAAAGAUAAGGAGAACGUUGGAUAUGCCAAAAGGAAAUAACAUUGUUCCCUCCUCGUACAUAGAUGAUCUGGUGUCCGUGUCAUAGACGUUUAUAGACCCCAGAACAUGAAAUGCCAGUGUGACUUCAUUGAAUUGCUGUAAAGAGGGAUUUUAUCUUCGAUUACAUUAUGAUUAAUGUGAAAUUUGUAUGGACACUUGUUCAUUUGUCA